AAACAGACCCUAAUGGAAGCGGCACAGGCAAUAGGAUGAGAGAAAAGGCGGGGAGAAUCGAGAACAGGCACGACGACACAGCCAGGCCAGAAAAUGGGCCUUUUGGGGGGGUAGGAGUAGACGAGGGAAACGCGGAGACUAUAGAGUGAAGACGUCUCUAAGACGGAAAGCGAGCCAGCAAAUGAAUAAAAGGAAACAUUUUGCCCAACGAAAGAGAGCUCCACCCGGAAGCAAGGGAGAGGAGCCUUUAUUUCACUGGAAGCUGCGAUCUCUAAAAAUAAGCUUUGCAAAAGGCAAUUGUCUCGCUACGCUGUUUCCUCCCUCCUCCUCUAGCCCCUUCAGACCUCCUAACACCCAGGCCAAAGCAGCAGCUGUGGCGGUGGCACCGGCAGGCGGGGCAAGGGAAGAAGGGAGCUCUGAGCGUGAUUGACAGGUCUCGCAGCCCACCACUAGGUCGGAGUAGCGGGGGAGACGCUGUCGGGUGCCCGAAGGUUGAGCUGAAGCGCCUAUCAGCUGCUCCGGGAGGUUGUGAGUGUAUAGUGGGCGGUGAGCGAGCAGAGUUUGGGCGUAUGCUGCUCACUGCCUGGGGCUCGCCUUGUGCACACGCAUACAUUGUCCAAGCCGCCACCGACGUAAGAGCAGCCCCCUCUGAGCCAGCGAGCGCCUUGGUGUUUGGGGCCAAUGCCGGGAGGGCGCUGCAAGAAGGGGGCUCCUCCGCCGCCUAGGUGGAAAGUUCACCCCUGCAUCGGACCAACGGGGAACUGACUAAGAGCAACCAGCCUCCUGCAGGCAAAGGCACGUACGGAUCUGUGGAUCUCUCCAAGGGAUUGCCCCCCCAUGAAAACUUUGCAUAGCUCCCCACGCUUCCUUUAAAAAGCCCCGCUUACUCCCCUGAAAAAGCUCAGCACUUCUGCCUUGCAAGGAAAGUAGCCUUGUGGGGGAGAGACAGCAGACAGUUGGUCACUGUGUCGUGAGGGAACCCUGAGCUGGGGUCGACCAGAAGAUGACAGAGUACAAGCUGGUGGUGGUUGGAGCAGGAGGCGUUGGGAAAAGUGCUUUGACCAUUCAGCUUAUUCAGAACCAUUUUGUUGAUGAGUAUGAUCCAACAAUAGAGGACUCCUACAGAAAGCAAGUAGUCAUUGAUGGAGAGACCUGUUUGUUAGACAUCUUGGACACAGCUGGCCAAGAAGAGUACAGCGCCAUGCGAGACCAGUACAUGCGGACAGGAGAAGGCUUCCUUUGCGUCUUUGCUAUUAACAACACCAAGUCCUUUGAAGAUAUUCAUCAGUACAGGGAGCAGAUCAAAAGAGUGAAGGACUCUGAUGAUGUCCCCAUGGUGCUGGUUGGGAAUAAGUGCGACCUUCCAGCCCGGACUGUGGAAACUCGGCAAGCCCAGGAGUUGGCUCGGAGCUAUGGGAUUCCCUACAUAGAGACAUCUGCCAAAACUAGACAGGGAGUUGAAGAUGCUUUCUAUACUUUAGUGCGGGAGAUCCGGCAGCACAAACUACGCAAAUUGAAUCCCCCAGAUGAAAGUGGCCCAGGCUGCAUGAAUUGUAAAUGUGUGAUAUCUUGACUAAGCUGACCAGACUGUGUCUUCGAGGGAUUUCCACUGUGUGUAGUGCAGAGACAGAGGCAACGUGAAAGAAGAAUCAAAUGGAUUCAAGGGAAGGGGACAGACCAGAUGGUGUCUGCGGGCCCCAAGAGCUCCGCACAGACUGUCUCAAAACUUCACCAAGGCCUGCAAAGAACUAUUUUUUAAUUUUAAACAUUCCCCUCCUCUUUUUGCCUCCUCCCCCUCCUGGCAACUUGUACAAAGCCACAGGUUGAAUUGCAGUAAAUUAUUAUAUGAUGGUCUUCACACUGGUUUCUGUGUCCCUGUCCCAGAGGAUUGACUGGCAUUGCCUAUUCUUCUGGAGCAGGCCCAUGCAGAGCAGCAGAGCAUGGUGUUCCUUCAGUCUGUUUGACCUCAUCUCCUUGAUAGGGGCCAAAGCUGGUUGGAUCUGUGCAAGUGACCUGGCCUGCCACUUUGCUCUUUUUCUGAAAGGCAGUUCUUAAAACCAAAUGUGUAAUACCUGGGUUGAGCAGCUCCAUGCCUGUAUCACAGAAGGAAAGGUAGCUGUUGUCUGUAGAAGAUAAUGCCUCUCUAGAAGGUGCUGCCAAGACAUUCCACCCACCGCCACUUUACCAUUCUCUAGCGGUAGGGAAAGUUACAUGCUUCCAAUUGGUCUCAACCAGUUCUGGAGUUGAGGGAAGGAAAGUAUAUAAAGGUAUCCUUUAUGAAUGGGUUCCCUGCUAAUUCUCAAAUUGCUGUUCCCUGAGUUUUGUUCCACUCACUUUUGCCUAUUGGUUUACAUUGAUGCAAAAAUGGAAGAUGAUUCCUCCUCUUUGUUCUUGGCCACUGUUAACGCUUCCCUAUGCUAGAAGCCCCCAGUGGGUUUCCUUGCAGAGAGUAAUAGUUCUGUUGAGUGAAAGUUCCCUGCAGGUCUGGAUUGUGUUCUCUAAUAUCUGGAAGAGGGGAUUGCAUUUCUUUGAUGUGACUUUUUUUCCUCUUUUUGUGGUGCUGGAAGGACUUGUCCGUAUGUGUAAAUAUAUAAAUGACUAUACAGCAACUUGUUGAGAGACUGAAGGAUGUUUGAUUCUAAAACUUAGUCCUUGUGUUUCCCUGAGCCCAACUACUGUUUCAUUAAUUACCUUAUGGGGGUUGAAGGGAAGGCGGAGACAACCCUUAAUUGUACUGUUGAGGGGGGGAUGGGAUUGGGAGCUGUGCUGUCUUUUGUCUCCCUGAACCAUCAUGUCUUAUGGGGAUGGGUGGGGUGGGAGGGAGAGCCAGGGGACAAGAACUGGUUGGCUUUCCUGUGUUGUAAGUUGGCCUUUUUCUGAGCAGAGUUUUUUAUGCUUGUUGCCUGUGCUGGGGCUGACUGCAUUGAUGUGCUUGCAAAUCUUGUGUACUUCCUGGAGGUGGAGCUGGUCUCUGGAGGCACCGGAGCAUCUUUUCUUGUUCCUGCUCUGACCGCCUCUUUCCUUUGCAGCCACUAUGCCUAUGCUGCUGCAUGCACAGCUCAAAUUCCUGCUCUUCAGGGGGCAGCUCCUCUGUAUUACUGUGACCGUACCGGUUAUACUUGCUGUUUAUUAUAAGUUUUGCCAGUAAGAUAGUCAAACCAGGCACUCAGAACUAACUGAGUUAAGGAAAAACAAAUUCCUUCCAAUAAUUAGGUAACUGGUAUGGAUUUUUAAAAGGGGGAAACUGAUCCAAUGUUGGAGGUGUAAAGGAGAAGCCAAAUCUAGCCUUAAAUGUCAUUAAAAUGGUGUUGUUCCCAAA